AUGGCUUUGUCGAGGCUUUCCAGUCAGAUACGAUUGCGUGGAGGCGCCGCAACCAUAUUCAAAUUGUACAAGGAAUCGUUCACUCCGCAAUUAGCGAAUAUGUGCAAUGUUAAUGAUAGUAAAAGUGAUACUGACGGUUGCACGAAUGAGACUUGUUCUGGCACUGACUCCAAGGAUGAUUUUAAUCCUGAUGAUCCUUUUGAUUUGCAGGGAGACUUCCGCAUUGAGAAAGACACUUUUGGAGAACUGAAGGUUCCUUCGAAUAAAUAUUAUGGGGCCCAAACUGUUAGGUCUGUACUUAAUUUUCCCAUUGGAGGAGAGUUUGAAAGGAUGCCAUAUCCUGUCAUCAUAGCUAUGGGGAUAUUGAAAAAAGCUGCUGCCCUAGUCAACAAAGAGUACGGUCUCGAAGACAAAAUAGUCGACGCCAUUGUCAAAGCCGCCGACGAGGUCAUCUCCGGCAAAUUGUACUGCGACCAUUUCCCCUUAGUAAUCUGGCAAACUGGAUCCGGAACCCAAACCAACAUGAACACCAACGAAGUGAUCAGCAACCGUGCAAUCGAAAUACUGGGCGGUAAAUUGGGCUCGAAAACCCCCGUCCAUCCCAACGACCACGUCAACAAGAGCCAGAGCAGCAACGAUACGUUUCCCGCUGCCAUGCACAUUGCCACCGCCAUAGAGAUCGAAAACACCCUGUUGCCGGGCAUGGAGCAGCUCGCCGACGCUUUGGAAAAGAAAAAGUGCGAGUUUAAAGACAUCAUCAAGAUCGGCAGGACGCACACUCAAGACGCCGUCCCCCUCACCUUGGGACAGGAGUUCAGCGGCUACGAACAACAGAUGAGAUUCGGAAUCGAUAGAGUAAAAGACACUUUACCUAGGUUGUACAUGUUGGCUUUGGGCGGUACUGCUGUCGGUACGGGUUUGAACACGAGAAAAGGUUUCGACAAAAAAGUGGCGGAGAAAAUCGCUGAACUUACUGGAUUACCGUUCGUUACCGCACCGAAUAAAUUCGAAGCUUUGGCCUGCCAUGACGCUAUAGUAGAAGUUUCCGGUGCGCUCAAUACCGUCGCCUGUUCGUUGAUGAAAAUCGCCAACGACAUCAGAUUCUUGGCGUCUGGUCCGCGAUGCGGUUUGGGCGAACUCGCCCUGCCCGAAAACGAGCCGGGCAGUUCGAUCAUGCCGGGAAAGGUGAACCCCACGCAAUGCGAAGCCAUCACCAUGGUGGCCGCGCAGGUGAUGGGCAACCACGUGGCCUGCACCAUCGGCGGAUCGAACGGCCACUUCGAGUUGAACGUGUUCAAGCCGAUGAUGGUGGCGAACACGCUGAGAUCCAUCAGGUUGAUUGGGGACAGCUCCAAGUGCUUCGCGAAGAACUGCGUUCAGGGCAUCGUGGCCAACAAGGAGAAGAUCAGCAAGCUGUUGCACGAGAGUCUGAUGCUGGUGACGGCGCUGAAUCCGCACAUUGGGUACGAUAAGGCCGCUCUGAUAGCGAAAACCGCGCACAAGGAUAACUCGACGCUGAAGAAGACGGCCGUGAAGCUGAAGAUUCUCACCGAGCAGCAGUUCGAUGAGUGGGUCAAGCCCGAGAACAUGUUGGGUCCUAAGUAA